UGUUCUUCCAACCAACAUAUUGCAAAAGAGGUCAAGAAUUUUGGUAUUCCAAUAUUGCAGCUAAAACAAACUCUUCUUUCUCUAACAGCUUGCAGUUUUCUGUUAUAUGGUAUUGAAGAGCGGGUCUAAUUAUUUCUAGAUUACUAUCAAUGGAGAAUUUGGAUUGGAAUGAAACUCCAUUUAAUUUUGGAGCUUCAUUUGAUCCAAUACAUGUAAUUUCAAAUUGGAACAUGCCACAGCGCCAAGAAGCUGCUAGUAGAUUAGCUGCUGAUUCUAUGGCUGCUAAAUCCGGAGAAGAUCUAACCCGGGAUUGUACUGAAAUUGGCUUUUCUUCUUCCCCAAUACUCAAUAUGCCGAAUAAUUACAUCACUGAUAACAAUAAUCCAAUGGGUCUAAUGUCUGAUUUUGGUGUCCAAGUUGUUAAGCCAACAACUGGGCUACUCUCCAAUACUGUAUCUUUAGAAUCCAUUGAUUGUUUAUUAUCAGCAACCACCACCAAUAAUACGGACACGUCAGUCGAAGACGAUGGCAUGUCCGUAAUUUUUGCUGAUUCGAAUAGCUUGUGGAAUUCGGGAGAGUCUGUAGCAGGUAAUAUUAAAGCUCCUAAAGCGCUGUCGCCAGGCUAUCAACAGCUUUUGACUUGUCUUCCUACAGACCAUAAGAUACCGGAAGAUCAACAAAAACAAAGAAAACGAAAACCUUACGAGCUCAUUAAUGCUAAUGAGCUCGAUGAGGCGGUUUCACAAUCAUCUCACGAGUUCAAUCUAUUCCAAUCAACGGGAGAUUGUGGUAAUUUCCAGCUAAUUUUGGAAAAACAAUCGAAGCCGAAGAAGGCGAGGUUAAUUGAGAAUACUAAUAAACGUCCGAGUUCAUCAAACAUCAAUUUCCAACAAGCUAGCUCAUCGGUAUCCUCAAUAGAUCAAGAGCCGGAUUCGGAGGCGAUUGCACAGAUGAAAGAAAUGAUAUACCGGGCUGCAGCAUUCAGGCCCGUGGAUUUCGGGGCUGAAGUACUAGAAAAGCCCAAACGGAAGAAUGUAAAGAUAUCAACGGAUCCACAGACAGUGGCGGCGAGGCAACGGAGAGAAAGGAUAAGUGAAAGGAUUAGGGUUUUGCAAAGGCUAGUACCAGGAGGAAGUAAAAUGGAUACAGCAUCAAUGCUUGAUGAAGCUGCAAAUUAUUUGAAAUUUUUGAGGUCACAAGUGAAAGCAUUAGAAGCAAUAAGCCAAAAACAAGAUCCUUUUACUUCAAUAGUACCAUUUAAUCACCCAAUUCCCAUGCAAUUACCACAUUUUCCACUAUAAAACCCUAAUCAAAUUCAUCCACCAAAGAGUUGACAUGCCUUUUUUUGUUGAAAAGAAAUCCAGGAGGAAAGGGACAAUAAAGAUAUGUAGUGUAAAAACUUAUUAAGUAGUUAAAAAAAAAAUUCUCUU